UCCUCAGCUUGACAGAGUGAUUCAGCCGCAGAGAAACGGAGCGCAGCUUCAUCCCUGCGCAGUUUCUCAUCCUGUCCCAGAAACCAGCUGCUGGACCCGGAUCAACGCCGCACAGGAAAUACCGAACCAGGCCGAACCGAACCGAAACCCAGCAAGCUGAUCCGAACUGAGCCGAGCCGAACCAGGCCAGAAUAAAGACAGAGACAGACAGACAGGCGGCUUCAUCUCCUCCUGCAGACUGAGCGGAGUCUUCCUCACCGUCAGCAGAGAUGAGAACAUCCUGUUGGUUCCUCUUGAUUAAACUGAUCCAGGAUCAGUGAUGUGGGCUCAGUUUCUGCAGCGAUCCAACAUGGCUGCCUCAGCGCUGACAGUGUGUGUGUUUACCCUGCUGCUGGCUGGGAUCAGAGGUUUGCAGUCUGAGGACCAAGAGGAGAGAAUCUGUGCGUUUGCCAGCAGCCUGAAGGGGGCGGAGCCUGUCUCCACCAAUGAGCUACGAGGAGAGGUCCAGGAGAACGGCACGAUACGCUGCAGUCGCGGCUCCCGCUGCUAUGGAUUGUGGGAAAGACUCGCGGACGGAGAGAUGCAGCUGCUGAACCAAGGUUGUUGGAUGUAUGUGGGCCACCACCAGGAGUGUUAUGGUGACCGCUGCAUCCUGGCCACUAUGGCUCCAUCUCAGAUGCAGAAAGCCAGCUACCAUUUCUGCUGCUGCAGCCACGACCUCUGCAACAGUAAUUACACUGAAGCUCCGCCCACUGCCGACACGCCCACCCUGAGGUCGAUGAGGAGGGACGACCUCAACCUCAGCCCUGCAGAUCGUCGGAUCACGGCGAAGGAGACGGUUCUCAUUGCUCUAGCAACUGUGGCUAUGGCAGCCCUCCUCAUCAUGGCGCUGUUCCUGGGAUACCGGAUGAUGAAAAGGAAGCACAAACAUGGUCUGUCUGCUGUGAACGCAAUGGAAGCAGCAAACUCUGACUCAGCUGUGGACUUCGAUAACUUGAAACUGCUGGAGCUGAUUGGUCGAGGCCGUUAUGGAGCCGUGUUUCGUGGCUCUCUGAAUGAGCGAUGCGUUGCUGUUAAAGUUUUCAGCUCUGCUAACCGCCCGAACUUCUCCAACGAGCGCAGCAUCUACCGACUGCCUCUGCUGCAGCAGCAUGACAACAUCGCCCGCUACCUGGCCGCUGACGAGAAGACGACAGCCGACGGGCGACCGGAGUUUCUGAUCCUCAUGGAGUAUUACCCACAUGGGUGUCUGUCUCAGUACUUGUCUGUUCACACUGUGGACUGGCUGACCUGCUGCAGGAUGGCCCACGGCAUCACCAGAGGACUCGCCUUCCUGCACACUGAACUCUACAGAGGAGACCAGUACAAGCCCCCUGUGGCCCACAGAGACCUGACCAGCAGGAACGUUCUGGUCCGAUCCGAUCUGUCCUGUGUCCUCGCCGACUUUGGCUUGUCAAUGAAGCUGACCGGAACCAGAACCUGUCGGCCCGGAGAAGAUGAAACCAUGGCUAUAUCCGAGGUGGGGACAGUCCGGUACAUGUCCCCGGAGGUUCUGGGAGGAGCGCUGAACCUCAGAGACUGUGAGUCGGCUCUGAAGCAGGUGGACGUGUACGCUCUGGGUCUGCUGUACUGGGAGAGCUUCAGGAGGUGCUGCGACCUGUUCCCAGGGGAAGCCGUUCCAGAGUACCAGCUGGCGUUCCAGGUUGAAGUCGGGAAUCAUCCGAGCUUCGAGGACAUGCAGAUCCUGGUGGUCCGAGAGAAACACAGACCCAGAUUCCCAGAAGCCUGGAAAGAGAACAGCCUGGCUCUGCGGGCUCUGAAGGAGACCAUGGAGGACUGCUGGGACCAGGACGCAGAGGCUCGACUUACGGCUCAGUGUGCUGAGGAACGCCUGGCUGACCUCAUCCUCCUGAGCCCUCAUACAGCGCUGCACAACCACAGGAAUCUGACUCACAGCCGCUGGACUCCUCAGGUCGGCUCCGCCUCCUGCUACAUAGAGGAUCUCCAAGUGGGUGUGGUUAAAAAUCUCCAGGGAGACGGACACUCAGUCUCUGCUGUCAGGACGGCCAUGAGUGGAGCGGAAGUCGGAGAGAAGAACAGGAACUGCAUCAACCAGCAGAGGCAACAGAUUAAAGCUCGUUCGGCCUCCUCAGACUGCAGCAUGAUGACCUCCAGCACACUGAGGACGGACUCUGUCCUUUGCAGCAUCUCUCAUCUUAAUGGGGGCGCUGCACCCAGCAUUCCUGUCUGUCUACAGCUCACAGAGGAAGACCUAGAGGCCUCCAAACUGGACCCUAAACAGGUUCAGAAAAACCUGAGAGAAAGUUCUCAGGAAAACCUUAUGGAGCAUUCGCAGAAGCAGUUUGGAUCAGCACAAACCUCCAACCUGCAUCACAGUGUGGAGGUGACCAAUCAGGAAGAAGCAGGACCUUCCUUCUCCAUCCAGCCCCUCCCCAAGCAGCAGAACGUCCCCCAGAGGCCCACCAGCCUCCACUUGCUCCCCAAUCCCAGCGAGUCUCGACUGAAGCCGGGAAGGCUCAGGUCCACCCAUCGACAGGUGGAGACAGGUGUGGCUAAGAUGAACCAAGUUAUCCCAUCUGUGGAGGCACACCUGGUUACCACGGUUACCAACAUGAGGAGCAGCGCCGCGAUCGGGUCUGAGGUCCUCUGUGCCUCCAGCAGCCACAGCGCCGGCGUUCCCAUCCUGGUGAACAAUAAGGCGAGAGGAGGAGGGAGAACCAACCCCGCAGGGCCACAGGAGGAUGAGGGGGACGAAGGGCGAAGAGCAGGAGGAGGAGACGGGGACGGCCGACUGAACCUCAAUCUGAACUUCAGUCCUGAUGAACAUGAACCUCUGCUGAAGAGAGAGCAGCUUCCUGCUGAGAGCGACCCUCCUCCUCCUCUUCAUCAUCAUGGUCCACCAAGCAGAGCCGGAGGACGAGGAUCCAACUCCAACAACAACAACAACCGCCUGCCGUUGGGCCCAGAGCUCCAUGUUCCUGCAGAGGUCAGUGUUCCUAAACCAGAAACCAGGAACAGUGACCCUCCUCCUGCAAGCUCAGUUAUUCUUUCUGGAUUAGAAAUGGUGUCAGUUCAUCCUGAGGACAGAAGUGAAGCCACAGAUACUAAAACAUGUCAGAAGGAAAUUAAAACUCUAACAGAAGGAAACAUACAGGAACAGAACUCAGCUUCAGAAGCAUCAAUAGCUCCUCUGAACCCAUCAUUGGUAGAAAUUACAGCUGCAGGAGUUCCACCUCUGGACAUCUCCGACCUGGAAGCUAAAGAUUUGGAUCCUGCUCCUGCAGAAAGUCUGGCGUCAGAACCUGUAGAGCUGCAGAAUCAAGCUUCAGAAGCUCAAAGAGCAGGUCUGUUGCUCAGGCAGACUAAAACCAGGAGACCGGAGCGUCCAUGUUCUCUAGACCUGUCCUCCUCUUGCAACUCGUCAGACGAUGUUUCUGUGAUGGAUCACGGCAGUCUGAGCGCCUCAGGUGAGAAAAUCAAGCGCCGCGUGAAGACUCCAUACACCCUGAAGAAAUGGCGUCCGGCCUCCUGGGUGGUCUCCUCAGAUAAGGAUCUGGACCUGGAGUUUGAGUUCAGCGGCGGUCAGGUCCAGGUGUCGUCUGGCCCACUCAGAGCAGGAGGAGCAGGUGUGCCUAGAAUCAACCAGUCCAAGUCCAGCAUGGCUGUGUUUCUGGUUGGAGGAGGAACCACGGCGACCACAACCUCCGAGCCGGAUGGGAUGACCCAGUUCUGAGAAACCUGCUGCACCCAGUGGAGAUCUUUCCUUGUUUUUCUGUUUAUAAUUUAACGGUGGUUGUUGGAGACUGCAGAUAGCUAUUCGGAAUACAAAAAAAAACAUCUGAGCAUGAUGGAACUGAUGCUCUACGUUUAGAGGGCAUUAUUUGUGAAACUCUUCAGAUGGAAAACAGGAACUAGAAUAAUCUACUCUGUGGGCUCAGCAGGGGGCGCUGUGCACUACAUCCUACAACGAAUAGGAAAAAAGACAACCAGAUGCAAACAGUUACAGAGCGAAAUCUGAGGAAUUUUCUCCUGUAAUUUUUAGGCAUUUUUAUUCUCUGGAAACAGAAACAAGUUCUUCAAAUGAUUCCCUGGAUAUCCUAUUUAACAAAUAGUACCUGAUACUAGGAUCCUUUUAAAAGGUUACUUUAUAAGAAAAAUAAUCUAAUCCUAAACCCUUGGUGCUAAUAUGAGACAAAAUGGUAGAGCCCCUUUUCGAUUAGCCAUCCAGCUGGUUAGUUGUGACCUGCUUCAGCAACACACUGGACACACAGCCCGUCAGACAUAUUUCAUUAUCUCCACCAUUAUGGACUGAAUUGUGUUCAUAAAGAUGAUUUAAAACAGUUGGAUAACACUGAGAUUCACUUUCACUGAUGUCCAACAGCAGCAUAAAAACAAAAUAUUAGUCACAUUCACACUUUAAAUGUUUGACAGCCACUUUGAUAAGUGACUUAAUUUGCACAUUUUUCUCAUCUUCAGUGUCUUUCCAGGCCCAAAUCAAUAAGCACAAUAACAAAUCCCUCAAUAUUUCUGUACCUUAAAGAGGAACUUUGGGUGUGAUGUCAUUUCCUGAUCCAAAUUUGAACUUCUGAUGUAAAUCAGACUCUUGAUCACCAGGUCAUCUUUCAGGUGUUAGUGAAGAUGUUCUGGUUGUGCUCAAAUACAAGUCUUUACACCCUGACUGUAAACAUAAAAUAAUUUGUGUUAUUACACCUAAAGGAGUCUGUUAAUGAGUUGAAACUCUGGACAGAUUUAAACAAAUUUACCAACAAACACAUAAAUGGCCAUUAGAUUAUCAUAGAUGAUAAUUUCACAGAAAAGAUCAAAACCUGCCUGUUGAUGCAGUUGGUGGGAACAGAGAGGCUUUCAUUCUGUCAUGUUUUAUUUCUUUAAGCACUUUAAGCACAGAGUUAGAGUAAUAUAUUCUGUAUGUGGUUCAGUUUUAGCACAAAGAGCAAAUAAUUUAAGAAAUUCUCACUGAAACAGUAAAUGUUGAUCUGUAGCUGCUUUUUUAACCUCUACUGUCUGGAUCAGAUGAUCAACACAAGUCUUCAGGAGAAUCUGCUUCAUUUACACUUUUAAAAGCUGGCUAGAGAGAAGCAGGACUGAAGUCUGAAGACGGAGGAAAAAAAACAACAGACGGGUUCAGGUUACGGCUCAGAUGACAGAAAAUUAAAGCAUCAAAUUUGUCGGAAGACAAAAGAACAAAUGCAAUGGUUUUGGUGAACUGGACCUUUAAACAGCUGCUAUUUUGCCCCAUUAACAUCAAUUUCUCCUUAAUGAUCAAUUAAAGAACCUUUAGAGUUUAGGACUAAUGUGAUUUGAAAUAGUUUUAGUCUGUAAGGUUAAAAUUGUGAAUCGUUCAGAUUCUAGCAGAUCUCAUUUUCUAUCAUGUUAAAAAACAAACUGGUUUCCAACAGGAAGUUUUUAAUGUCCAUUUUUCUAAAACAGGAGUUAGAUCCUUUUUUAAUAUAUAUAUAUAAAAACAGCAGAACAUGAAACAGAUUUCAGUCCAGUUUCAUGUUUUCUUUGAGCUUUUUAUAACAGAAGCUCUGCAGAUGCAGGAGUCUUUUUCUGCAGACUGUGGCUGGUUUUUAUAUAAAUGCCUGCAGCGAUAUGUUCGAUUUCUUUACAUUUCAUCUAUAUCAACUUGUUUCAAUGUGCACUUGCAGUAAAUUAGCAGCAUUUAGCAUUUAAUAAUGGUGUCAAACUGUUAUUUAAGAUCUGAAGAUGCCUUCUUAGUUCUGUUUGGUUAUUUUUGUAUUUUAUACACUUUGUACUGUUUUUAGAUGCUGGUGUGAGUGGAUGUGUGUGUAUUCUGAGAAACUGUUCCUGUUUCACUGCAUUAUGUAUGCAUCAGUGGGUCUGCGAGUGGACCAAGCUGAACUUCAGAGCCAGAUUGGUUCUUGGAGAACUGAAGUUGUUCUUUCAUCCAGGAGGAACAGGACUUAAUGAAAGAAGACUUUUUCUGGGAGCGAUGGUUUGACUGGUUUUAGCUCCAGGAUGUGUCCACCAGUUCAGCUGCUGCAGUCGUCAGUCAUCAUGUCCCUUCCACUAAAGACUCUGCAGAUAAUUUCAAAACCUCCCUGUACAGCUCUGUCUGCUGAUGGAUGACUGUACAUUAUAAACUGAUCAUCAUUUGCUGGAUCUUGGAAAGAAAGUUGCAUCUUCAUCACAGUAAAUUAGAAUCUCACUGGGAAGUUUGCUUAUUUCUAUAAAAAAAAAAGAAGUGAAACCCACAUAUUUGUUUCAUACACAGUUACGUGUGUAUAAAGUUGUUUGUUUCUGUUCAUUUUGAUGAUUAUGACUUACAGCUAAUGAAAGGCCAAAAUUCUGUUCAUCUAAUAAUAGCAUGAAGGAUUUUAUACACAGUAAUGUUGACUUACUGAAAACCAAGUCUAUUUGAGAUACAGUAAAUUAUUCAAAUUCUUGAUUUGGGCUCUUUUUGCAUUAAGUGCUGCCUCAGUGGAGUCUGGCAUGAAGACAACGAGCCUCUGCCUCUCAAACGAGGUCGCCAGCUUAUCUGCAUUGUUAGCGCUGUUUCUUCUCUUCCUCUGAAAAGAAGUGGAGACCUUGAUUCCCAAAUUCAAUGUACAAUUUUCUUUCACUUGAAAAGAGAACUGAGCCAAAGUUCAGUCCUUUUCUCCUGAUGUUGGCUCAGGAGAAGUUUAACACAAAGUUUUCACUCAUGUCUUGGAUACAAAUGUGAGUCAGGAUCAUGAAAAUCACAUCUUAUAUAAUGAGCUUUGUUUUAUAUCCUUUAAAUGCUGUCAUCACUGUUGCUUUUCCACCUUUUAGCAGAUUUUUUUCUUCCACUACGCUUUACAUUAUUGCUCUGCACUCUGAACAGACUGCUUCUAAAUCAGUUGUGCGUUUGGGCUUACUGUUUUUGUGCAUUGACUGUCUGCUGGUCAGUUCUGAUAGAACAAUGCAAAUAUACUUUCCUGAGGCACCAAAUUUGAAGUUUUGAUUAGCUGUAAUAUUAAUCAGUGUUCAAAAUGAACAAAAAUAAAUACAUAUGAUAUAUCCACAUGUGAAUAUAUAUAUAUACACAUAUAUGCAUAUGUGUAUAGAUGAAUAUAAAGUUUCACUUUUUUAAAUUUGUGAAAUCAAGUAACUUUUCAAUGAUAUUCUACAAUAUUGAGAUGUGACUGUAACUGUCACACUGUGCUGCUUGUUGAUUCUGUAUGUUAGGGGAAAAAGAAAACAUUUUAAAUAGAUAAUGUGUGCAUUAAGUUUUAUUAUUACAACAUGUUAAAAAAGUAAACAUGAGGUUUUCCAGAAGUUUCUUUAUUAGUUGUUAUCCACUGAACAGUUUGCUGCUGAAUUUCCCUUUAAAGUCUUUACUGUAGCUCUCAUAUUUGUAUUUAAUAAUCCUUAUCAGCAUCUGUAGAAAUACAUUCAGAGUUAAUAUAUUCACCAAUGUAGCCUCGUGCAUGAUGCAUCAGCUCAGUAAAAUGUUUUCCGUUGUUAACGCAGCGGGUUGAAUGGGGGCUGAUUCUGGUUCAGUUCUGCAUCACCUGCUGGUUCUUCAUCAAAACAAAGCUUUUCAGUUCCAGCAUCUUUAAAUAGAUGCUUCCUGCCGUCUGAUUGGUCAGCGAGGUAAAAAACCGAACAGAAGCAGCCCCUUUUAGCCUGCCUGUGAUCAUGUCCUGCUUGCUGUACGACUGAACUGAUGGAGGACUGUGACCAUCAGUGUAAAGAUGUAGAUAUAGUCCGAUAUGUACCUACUGUGUGUCCUCUGAUGGUUCAGGGAUGUUUGAGCUGUUGUUGAACUUGUUAUGCGUUUCUGUGUUUUUCUGUCCGACAUGUUUCCUUCAGUGUAAAUACUCACUGUAAGCUUCCAUAGGGGACCAAGUAGCUCAGCUAUAUACGGUUAGUCAGUGUUGUAUUCUGAGCUGCUCACAGUUAUAACAUGUUGUAUCUCCUUCACUGCAUGCUGCCCAGUCCUGCACUCCAUUCUUUACCAAGCAUCUCAUCCCAGCAUCUCAUAUAUUCAUGUAGAGACUGAAAUAAAAAUAUUGGAGCUUUGAGUUCAUCAUGAAAUUAAAACAAAAGGUUUCAGGGUGUUUCUUUAUGUCAGGUUGUUUUUACACCAUGUGGGGAAAUACAGAGUAUUUGAGAGUAUCCAACAAGGUAUCAUCCAAUAAUUCCCAAACUUUUGAUCCACAAAAUAAAAAUUUGAGUCCUGUGAUCUGAACUCUUGGUUUACCAUGCAAGAAUCAGUUAAAAUAUGACAGAAUGGCAAAAUAGUCAACAGCAACUGUAAAUGUAUUCAUUAUCACUAAUAAGCUGCUUUUAUUUAUUCAAGUUCUGUUUUUUAAAAUGCAUGUGCUUUCUCUUUAUUUUUGCUAACUAGAUGAUUUUUUUCCAAGAGGAUCAAAAGUUGCUACGCUUGCAUGUUUGCUUCCCCAACUUUGGGAGCGAUUGCCGUAAAUUUCUUUGUAGAUUUGUUCAAUUGGGAGCAGAUUGAGGGGCACAAAAGGGAAGUCUGUCGAAAUUCCAGUUGGUGCAAGGAGAGUCGAAAGAUAAUCAGGAGGACGAAUGGAUUUUAUCCAACAAUAUAUUUGUUUAUAUUUUUGC